UCCGAUAAAAUGCUAAGUACUUGCAGUCUCCCUGUCGCCAAUGAACUAGAACUUUAUGCAGCCGAUACAUCUUUAUACGAAAAACUUAAUCCGUUUAUUAAGAAAAGCAGAGGCAUUCUUCCUGAAAGAAACAUUUAUGCAGCCGACAACGGAUGAUUAACAAUUAAUCAGAAAAACAGAAAGUAUGAUAAAUACUGAAAGAUAAUGCACAAAGGAAGGGUUAAUUCAGUUUGUGCUCUUUUAGACAACCCUAGCAUGAUUACCAUUGCCAAAGCCUUGAAGAGAACUCAGAGCUUUUGCAGGGUUAAGUCCCUGUGUAUCUUUCUCCAUAAACCAACAAAGAUGACAGGGUUAUUGAUGACCCAACUGAUUUCUAAUCUCCACAAAACAAUCAACAUGAUUACGCUAGGAGAGUUUAGGCUUCCAGAAACUCAUACAUUAAAAAUGCUUGAUAGUGUAAACCAAGCUUUAGUCUUAAAAUUCUAUGACUGAAGAUUUGACGAGGUGACAAGUCAGUUUAACUUUCAGAAAGAAUAUAAUCUUAGAGUCAUUAAGUUUGCUAGAUGUCGUGACGCUAAAGGUGAUGUAUGGACUUAUUCAAGUCCUGCUAGUGUGUCAAUUCUGAAUCUGAUAUCUCAGAGUUCAGUUUCAAAAUAUCUAGAUCAAAUAGAUCUUGAAGAAAUGGUUUUCUCCUUAAAGCAAGUAUCAAUCAUUCAGAAAAAGACUGGGCUGAGAAACAUAAGCCUUGGGCUCGGAACAAGUGUCAUCUACAGAAGUCAAGGAUAUUAGGCUACUUAAUCAUCACAUUUAGUAGAAAGAAGACUAUGGCAGCUU